UCCGCCAGUGCGGCCAUUUUGGACGAGUCCAACUCGACUCGCCGCAACGCUCCGCUCUGCGGAGUGGCACGUAGGCAGUUUCAAAUAUUCGGAGCGUCGCCUCAUACCCCGCUUGUUUGCGCACUGGUGUUAUCCGUCGAAGACUUGCGAGGACGAGACUCGCUUCAUAGUUUCGUCCCAGGUGCCAGGCGCCGCCCCGAUGCUGCUGAAUUGUUUAUGCACAAACCGAUAUUAAUCAAGGCCCUGCAUCACGCGCUUGUGCCAGAAACGAGAAAGGUCCGCGCUGGUACCGACUACGCUACGUGUAAUCGUAGCUCGGCAUGCGUAGAUAACAGAGUUUGUCUUGGAUAACUGCAGGAGUACCAAUAUAGUGGGCUUGACAGAUGAGUUCGUAAUGCUAAACACACUGAGUCUCAUCAAUGUAGGGCUCACCAGUCUCAAGGGAUUCCCAAAAUUACCAAAUCUAAAGAAGUUGGAGCUAAGCGACAACAGAAUCUCUGGUGGGUUGUCUCACUUGAGCACCAGUCCAAAAUUGACACACCUGAACCUCAGCGGAAACAAAAUUAAAGAUCUUGACACGCUGCAGCCAUUGAAAGACUUCAAAAAACUCAAAAGUUUGGACCUUUUCAACAAUGAGGCAACAUCCAUGGACAACUACCGGGAGAAGGUCUUCAGCCUUAUCCCAAGCUUACAGUAUCUUGACGGAUAUGACAUGGAUGAUGGUGAAGUUGAUGACAGCGAAGGUGAAGACGACGAAGUGAAUGGAAAUGACAAUUGCGAUAGUGACUGCGAGGAAGAGAGUGAAGAAGUAUCAGAUGAGGAUGAAGAUGACGAUUUAGAGGAGGAUGGCGUUGCUUUGGAUAACAUACAUAAAGACUCCCUAGAGGAUGAUAGCGAUGAGGAGGAAUAUGUUGUUGCAGAGGAUGAUGAAUUUGUUGAGGAAAAUGACGACGAUUUUGAUGAUGAGGAUGUACUGGAAGAGGACGAGGCUUCAUCUCCAGCCCGAGGCAAGAAAAGAAAACACGAGGAUGGUGAAGAGGUUGGGAACUAGAAUUCCCACAAUGCUUGACGCUGUGGAAAGAGUGUAAAAUUAUUAUAAAUAAUAUCAAUAACUACGCCGCCGAGUGAAUAGCUGGAAAUCAAACCAAUCGACCGACCAAUGACAGACUACUCUUAGUGGUGUGAAUUUAUCAGUAAAUCAUUGACUGGGAAAUUGUCUGCUAAACGAUAAAUGUACAGGUAUGUAAGAAUUGAGAGAAGGAGGAAGGAUAUGGAUACGAAUAUUGGAAUGGAUCGUAUGAGAAAAGCGAGGCAUACAUAAGGCUGCAUUCCAGCUGGACCCAACACGUUUUAGUUAUACUAACAAUAUUUUAUAUAGAGUAUAUAAUUAGAGAAUUAGAAGUGUUGCGUGAGGCGAGGAUGUGGAUGUGAAAUAAGAAGAAAAUUGGAUAUAAUGGGUUAUUGAUUGGGGGAGAUAGCGGGGUCUUACACUCGGAGGAGGAGCGUAUUUGUCUGUUAGCUCCGGUCGGCUAAAGGCUGGUCAUGCUGGUAUGCAGCUGUCGUUAAUCAGUACUAAGGUUACAUAAGUUACAUUUUAAAUAUAUUAUUAUCAUACCAUAUUAAUAAAUUUAAGAGUAAACGAGGAACAACUUUUGUACAGGUUUACACCACAGUUUGAGGUGGUUUGUGCGACUGAGAUUUGCGAGACAGAAAAUGAAGGGACUGCAUGCAUCACCAAAAAGCUAUAAGCCCAUGUAAUGUAUUUUCUAGUUAUCGGAGACUGUAAUUUUUGACACUGAUCGAGCGACGACGUAAGACACAUUUGCUAAACAAUGUAUCAUCAAUUCUCUCAAUCUUUUUAUUCCAACGACUAUCGUUUAACAAAUCGACAAGGUUGUGUUUAUUUAUUUAUUCAUUUUUUCCCCCAUUGUGCGGUGUAUCUCUGAAACGCAUCCUAAGAAAAGACAUUAGACACUCAAAUUAAAAUUCACCAUUGUUAGUGUGUUUUGUGUUAUACCGGAGUUGUCAUCUAUCAAGCAACUCUUUAAUUUCUGUCUCUAGAGUAACAGCGCGCUCACUCGCCUCGCAACGCGUUAUGCGUGAAUAAAAACAAUAAUGAUCAUUAUUAUUAUUAUUAUUAUUAUAUUAUUAUUAUUGAUUUGCAAUUCUUAUUAUUGUAAAAAAAAUCAGCGAAUGCUUGCUCCUGAGCUUUGGCACAUGAAUUAUGAUGUAAAGGAUAUGAAUUAUAGUGUAAAGAACGAGGGGAGAAAGUCAGAACGAAUACAAUGGUCUUUAAUGAACAAUAUAGUAUAAACUGAAUUUUUUAGAAAUUCAAUUCACAUAAUAAAGGACGAAAUAGUGCUUACAGUUCACUUUUUUGAUCGGACUAAGGAUAUUGCAGGUUUAUUUCCGCAACGUUUUACUGUGGAAACCAGAUGCGAGACAUGGCUACUAUAAAACGGCGAGACUACGACUGAUUGACCGACCGACUGAAAGACCAGAUGACUGAUCCUGAGAGCGAAAGUAGGGACAGGGGAAGGGGGGGAUAUUGAGAGUGGGAGUGAUUAUUGAAAAUCUGAAUUAUAAAUGAAUGAAAGUGUGAACUAGAAUUUGGAUUUUAUAAUAAAAAGGAAAAUUUGAAAAAAUAAGUAAUGUAUCGUAGACUUGAGAGGACCUGGCGCCAACUAAAUGCAGCGCCAGAUUGGUUUAUGGCCUUAUCCAAUUUUUCCAAGAUUUAAAAAAAAAAAAAAAAAAAUUUAUAUUAGGUACAAUGAUUGAUAUAAUAGCGAUAAUACGUGUAAUAAUGCCCUGCGGGUCGUUUAUUGUGGAUUCGUAUUUAAAAUCACGAUAGGUAUUGUAUAGACGUAUCUAUAAUACUUGCUAAAUGCAGUGCGUUGCAGUGGCUCGCGCGGAAUCGGUAUCUCGAGUUCAUUUGGGAGAAAAGAAGAUAAUUGAAUUAUAAAUAACGUUGAUAAUAACGCUGAUCAUGAAUAAUAAUAUUGGUAAAUAAUAGUAAUAAUAAUGAUGACGAGAAUAAUAGCGAUGAUGAUGAUAACGAUGAUGAUGAUGAUGAUGAUGAUAUUUCCGCGCGUCCUGCGACGCAAGCUAUACUUUUGUCAAUUGUGAUUUUGGAUAGACCAUUUAAUUAAGGAAAUUGUGUCCAUCACCUUGUAUUAAAUAAUCGCAAGUACAUUACAUUGAUCGUGUAUUGUCAGCCGUCUGUUCUGUUGUUAAAAUGGAUUUUUAUCGUAACGUUUGUUUAUUUUGAGCAACCCUCAUCACAAGAUAAGAAAAAAAAAUAAUUUAUUAAUAAAACCAUUUACAAAUCAA